AGACACCUCUUCAUAUCCCACCACACUUCCUUUAUAAGCCUUUGGAAGCCUGCGCGUACAGGCCGAUCAGACAACACAAUACCGCAGCAGGUACUCUCUGAGCCCCCCACUGAUUGCCCAUCCCAAGUCCAUCAUUGCAUUCACGCACCCUUCCAUUCAUCUUCUCAUCCCACCAACACUACCCGUUAAUAUGAGCUCCCCAGGCUCAUCAGACACGGAUACAUCCCCAUACACCUACUUCGCCCGGCGCACCCCCCGUUUCAAAAACUACGCCGGCGAGGCAGACCCCCACGACUCUCUCAAGCAAGACGCAACCUACAAAGGCAACCCUCAAGAGAGCACUGUGGACGAAAGGACUCGUGCUCGCAAGAAGCCACGACAGAGGACAGGGAAGGACGCGAUCCCAAAGCGCCUACGUCCAGCAAAGAAGACCCCCGAUAGUCGGUACCGGUCUGCUCCGAUCUUGGACGACGACGAGCCUAUCCGUGGCCAGAACCCCUGCCCGAGCAAGGCUCUUCAACCGCCCCCAGCCGCUGUGAAUAGAAUUCGGCUUCAGCGUGCCAAUGGCAGUGGUCCUCAAGUUACUGACGCUAACAACGAGGCCAACCAUGCAGAAGAUGCUGCACAAGAAAACGAGCCCAUCCAGAAUCCCCAACAGAACAAUAUCCUUCGACGGCUCCAAUCGUCCGUGGAAAAUCCUCGUCGCCGGCCUCCUCGCGGUCCUACCCAAGCCUCCUGAACCCCGCAACCUAACGACGGGGUGGAAGCAGCCGAGGAUGCCGGGAUCGAGUCUCAGUCACGCUGUGUGGUGAUGUGAGUGAAGUUCAGGCAGUUGUACAUCGCUUCAUGCAGCAUAGGGAGAUGGAAGGGGGGACUUGAGAUCAAGGAGGUGGAUAGGUGGAGAUUUUCCACAUAGAAUGCUCA